CUUAUUAAAUAGUUAUUUUGUCAAGGAUGGUAACUUCAGUGAACCCUCAUACUCCUGCCGUGCGCUCGCAAAAUGGUGAGCAGACGAAUGACGUCUCUGUAAACGGUGAACUGACUCCGAAUGAAAUCGGCAUGGAAUUUGUGCGGCAGUACUACACGCUGAUGAAUGAAGCACCCGAACACCUGUACCGAUUGUAUUCAAAGGGAAGCAUGUUUGUACAUGGAAACAUAACUGGCAAGCACCAAAAUCCAAUCGUGGGUCAAGAAAAUAUCAAGGCUGAAAUUGAGCGUCUCAAUUUCCAACACGUAUACACAAAAAUUCGACAAGUUGACUGCUACUCAACGCUGUAUGAUCUUCUCAUUGUGCUCAUAUGUGGCGACAUCUCGAUCCUAAAAACACCGGCUCGACGCUUUGCACAGCAGAUUGUGUUGGCACCACAAGGACACUUGAAGUACUAUGUGGUGAAUGAUAUUUUCCGCUACAUCGACGAGGGAGAUGAUCACAUUGACAAUGAUAUGGAAACCGAAUCUUCAUCGGAAGGAGCGGAAGAGGACAUUGCGCAACAGCUGCAUCAGCAGCGCCAGCAAGUGGCUCCCGAGGUUCUGACCGGUGCCUCCAACGACGUCCACGUGCCGUCCGCACCCCACGUGAUGCCCGAUCAACAUCAAAUGAUCAACUCUGCAACUGUUGAGUUGAUUCGACAAGACAUUGUUCCAAAUGUCGACCAAGUUGGAACUAUGGAUCCGGUUGUUCGACCAGGAAUGCAAGUGAGUGUGGUAGACACUGGUAUGCAAGGAGGGCAUGUGGAUGAGACUGCUAAUGUGCAACACAUGGCGACUACUGGCAUGAUACAGGGUGUUCUGGCGCAAAAUGGCACAACUGACACGACUAUUAUGGGCAGCUUCAACAACGUACCACAGCAGAUUGAAGCACACCAAGCAAACAACAUAGGAGGAGGUGAACCCAAUGGAGUUGUGGACUCAUCCUCCUUCAUGCAACAAAAGAAAGGACAAGGAAACGAUGAAAUGUUUGAUGCUGCUCCACCUGAAAAUCACACUUCAAACCAAGUGGCGCCUUCACACACCGAGGAGCCACCACAAAUGAAUCAGCCUGAUAAUUCCUCCGAUGUCGGCAUCUCUAUUGCACCGCCUGUCGAACCAGGAGUGAAAACAUGGGCCAGUAUAACUGGAGCACUGAGUGGAUCGCCGGCUAAAAAGUCCCAUAACGAACCGCGAAUGAACCACAAUCAUUACCAGCCACCACCUCAGCAGUCGUUCCAGGUCCAACAUGCGAACGCUGAAAGCUUUGGAACAGCCCAUCCGCCGAAACCCCAGCGCAAUUCAGGAGGUGGUAGGAACCAACACGGGGAUCCCAAUCUGGUCUCGCCUCCGACUGAGCCUCGUGCUCCUCAUGAGCGCCGAUCGGGCGGAGGAAGAAACAGCGGCGGCCAGUCUUCUGGUGGAAACCAAUCCGCGGGACAAUCGCAGCAAAUGAACAUCGGUACAUUUUCUCCGAAGAGCGAAUCACCAAGUACGAAGUUCCAAGGAAGUGGAAGCAAUCCCCCGUUCAACAGGGCGGGAGGGGGAGGUGGAAGUGCUUCCGGAACUUUUGGAGGGCCUAACAGUUUCCAGCAGGCUCCGGAUGAUUGCCAGAUAUUUGUGGGCAACCUUCCAACCGACGUGCACAACGAAGAGCUGAGAAAGCGGUUCUCAGAAUACGGAGUCGUAACCGAUGUGAGAAUCAACAGAGGCGGUGCAGUGCCGUUCGGGUUCGUUGUGUUCGACAGUGUUUCGCCGGUGCAAGCGAUUCUGGCAAAGACUCAAGGUCCAGAGAGACAGACUCUGUUCCUCCGAAACGACAAGCACAGAAUCAACAUCGAGGAGAAAAAGCCCCGCGGUGUUACCGGCGGAGGCAACAUCAACAGAGGCAGUGGCGGAAGGUAUCCACCGGGCGGACCCGGAAAGGCCCCUGGACCUCGGGACGGUGGAGGCGGAAGCAACAAUAAAUUUUUCAAGUCCGGAUCCGGACCUUCAGGAGGAGGUGGGGGUAAGAACUCGGGUGGGGCUUCUGGCAACAAGUUCGGAGGUCAGUUUUCAGCAGCAAACGCUUCUGGGAGUGCUUCGAACAACAACAGCAAUGCUAAUAUCAACAACAGUAACCAAAUGCAAGGCAACAGUUUUCACAACGCAGGAGGCAGGCGAUAGCAGUGACUUGUUUGUUUGUUUGUUCUCCAUCGCUGAAAUGUGAAAACUCAUGUUUUUUUCUCCAUUAAACUGUAAAGUACUGAAGUAUUGCAUUUUUGGAAGCGGCUAUCAAUAACAAAAAAUAUCAAAAUUGCAGGUAAAAUCAUGGCGAGUUAUUUGCUUAUAGCUUUACUAAUCAACGAUUAGUGAAGCUGUAAGUUUUCGAAGCCAAAAUGAGAUAUUUUUCAUUUCUCUGAUUUCACGAAUGCAAUAUUUCGCCUCUUUGAAGUGGGAAGCUGGACCCGAUAGAUUAGAUUACUCACUUGUGGUGAACUUAUGGCGCUGUGCUCCCGUAGUUACGCAAGUUACAUGCAGUUAGUCAGAUACGAAUUGCUUAGAAGAUGUACUUACUAUGUUCUGUACGAUGUAAUGUUAGAGAUGUAGAGAAAAUGUCUGUUCCUUUUCGCCCGCCGUACUCGAAGUGUGUAAAAAGUGGUCACCUGCUUCGUCUUUGUGUUUUUGUUCACUCGCCGCUCGGCCCGAGAUCGAUUCGAUUCGGCUUGAGUUGUCGCCGCCUCUCUUCAGUCCUUGUUUUCAUUCCCACCUCAAUAAUGAUGCUGAUACAAAUUAUACAUACCUUCUCAGUUUUUUUUACUCUAAAGGACUAAGUACAUUUUGAUUAGACAACCUGAUUAAUUCAUAUAUAGCCAUUGUUUUCCAAUGGAUAAUUUGCAAGAGUAUAAAGAUUAUCUCCUCUUAAAAAAUACUAAUGCAAGGGUUCAAGAUAUGCGAAUACUGAACAUAGCAAUAAAAACCUCAAAUCAAUUUUAAGGAUUUCUAAAUCCACAAGAAUUACCAUUAUUUUCUUACUUAAAAAUGGUUUCCUUUCGAGUGCUAUAGUUGGCCUCAAUCCCAGUGUUGACGCCAGCUGUCAGCCCACUUUGUUUCUCAUGUUGCUAUUUAAUAGUCACUGCUACAUCAUAGCUGUCCAUAGCUGUCGUCCUUUUUUCAAUUCCAACCCAUAUUAAGUGAAACUCAGGCAGGUAAAAUAAACGCAACCGCGGCCCAAAUCUCAUUAAAAUAUCAUUUUUGAUCUUUUUCUAGAAAAUGCUGAUAUUAGUCAGAAGACUGAUUUUUUUUUUUGAGUUGAAAAACAAUUUAGAAAUAGUAGAAUGGUUUUCAAGAAUUAACUUUCAGGUUUGGUUUUUAGUGUCAUCAUUGAAAGCACGUGAAUAUGAAAAUUACCAAAGGUAACGCUAAUUAUGUUCUGGGAAAAGUGGCCUGCCUGAAUUGAGCCACGACCAUGAAAACCAUCGUGGUCCAUACAUGUGAUAUGAUCUAAUCGCCAAUAAAAAAAAAGAUCCUUGGGGGUUCGAACCUCCGUCCUCUUCUCCAUCCCACCACAGAUUAACUAUUUUUGAAUACUGUUCACACAACUACAAUACAAGUUUUUCAAUCCUAUACCGAAGCAAAUUGAAGAGAUGUAAUGUGGAAAUUAGACGCCAAGAAUUUGUUGUAAAUAUUAUGAACUUAUUGUCAUUCAAAAGUCUUCAACUUGUUUCAAUUUUUACAUAACAUUUAGAAAACGCAUUGCAUUCCGUCUUUGAUUCCGUUUUUUAACGAAAUAUCAAAAACUGUAAUUAUGUUUCUAAAGUUGAAGCAAUGCGUUUUCGUUGAUCUGAAAUCUUUCCGCCAAUUCAGUCUCCUCGUUUUUACGAAUUCACUAACUCACUUCAUCCUAAUUGCUGAUGCGAGCUUAAAACCAACAGGCCCAAUUCUCAGAUAGCCAUUUUUUUCAAAUCUCCGAACUUUAAAAAGAGUUUAACUAAAAUUAAACAAGACAAAAUUCUGUUACGACAAAAAAUUAAAAUUUUUCUACUCAAAAUAAGGAGUUAGUUCGGAAAAUUAUAAAAAUAUCUGAACGUUUUGUCGGCUUGUCGAGUCUUCGGUUUGUUGGUCAGCUGCUUGUUGAUGCAUUUGAAAUGCCAUCUUUGUGAUCAUGAUUUGUUAAGCUGUAAGUAAAAGUCAAUUUAAGAGUUCCUAUUAUGCAAUGGUUGUACCUUGUUGAGAUUAAGCGAGAUAGAUGACUAAAUGAUCUUUACAAUAGAAUUUUGUUUGCGG